UCUUACUCCUAAAAAAACUACUCACUGCCUCUUUCUCGUUGGAUCGGCCAGGUUCCAAUAAUGCGGCCGGCCCAUGCGCCGGCGUCGGCGGCGCGCGGAGGCCGGGCGCUGUACGAGCUGUACAGGGCGGCGAGCCGCGCGGCGGCGCCGGCGGUGCUUCUGUGGCGGCGGAUGCGAGGGCUGGAGCACCCAUCGCGUUGGCCAGAGCGGCUGGGCCGGCCGUCGGUCGCGCGGCCUCGGUCAGGCUCGCCGCUGGUGUGGUUCCACGCCGUCUCCCUCGGCGAGGGCAUGGCCGCGCUCCCAGUCGUCCGUCACUGCGCGCGCCUCCAUCCCGGCCUCCCCAUCCUCCUCACCACCACCACUCUCUCUGCCUUCGAAGUGAUAAAGGAUAUGCUACCGGAUGUUGUCGUAUAUCAGUUUGCACCUCUUGACUGUCCUGACGCAAUAGAAAGUUUCAUUGGAUACUGGAAGCCAAGUUUGAUACUUCUCAUGGAAAGUGAAUUGUGGCCAAACCUCAUCAUGUCUGCAGCAGAGAAAGGGAUUGCAGUGGCUCUUUUAAAUGCCCGCAUGUCAUUGAAGUCGUUCAACCGUUGGUCUGUGCCUCUAGGGUUACCAUUAGUCUCUCUGAUGCUCUCUAAACUAUCACUUGUUAUCCCACUGAGUACCACCCAGGCUGUUCGUUUUCAGUUGCUCCAUACACCACCGUACAAAAUCCAUUUCGCUGGCGAUUUAAAAUAUGGUAUUUUCUGUUUAUCUUUUUUUUUUCUAGUCAUUCAUUGUUUUGAGAAUACAUUUGGUAGUGAACCUACGAGUGGCACAAUUCUAAAGGUUCGGGAGAAAGAGUUGAAUACAAUCAAAGAUCUGCAGCGGCAGUUCAAUGAUCGGCCCAUCUGGAUGGCAGCUUCAAUUCACAGAGGUGAAGAGGAAGUCAUUCUCCGCGUUCAUGGCGAGUUAAUCAAGGCGUAUCCUUCGCUACUUUUAAUUCUCGUGCCAAGACAUCCUCAGGACAUCAAGAAUGUUUCUUUAGCACUGAAAAAACAUAAGGUCAAUUUUGUGCUGAGGUCAACAAUGGAAUUGGUGUCUAUAAACACUAGGGUAUACGUGGUUGAUACUUUAGGGGAAUUAAGAAUGCUCUACAGGGUCACUCCAAUAGCAGUUGUGGGAGGCUCAUUUUUACCUAGCUUGUCUGGCCAUAAUUUUUCCGAGGCUGCUGCAGCUGGUUGUGCUGUUCUAACUGGUCCCCAUGUUGGACAUUUCUAUCAUAUGCUGGUUGAAAUGUGGCAAAUAAAUCCUCUAGCUGUCAAGCAGUUGACAGGAGAAGCUGAACUGCUGGAGGUGCUAAAAGAACUGCUUGGCGAUUCCAAAGCUCUAGAAGCACGUCAAGGAGCUGCAAAAGACGCAUUUUCCAUCAUGGCACAUGGAGUUGUGAACCGUGUAUGGAAUCUGGUCUCCAGGUUCGCCAUCGACGCCCAACAGAAACGUGGAAUAGUUGAUUAAAGUCUCCUGGAUUUCUUCAGGGACUGCUUCAGAAUGCAUGGCGACCCUCUCUCUCGAAAGCCGGAGGCCUCAAUAAUUUCUUCCGUACAACCUGUUUUGCAGUUUUCAUAUGAUAGUACCACCAAACAUCACAUGUCUGUUGAGUGGUGACAAAGGAGACAGAUCUCAAAUUAUAGGCAACCCAACUAGUCCCUACAGUCGAUUCAAGGAACGCUGGAACAGUAUCCCCAUCCUAGUUUUCUCUAUUCUGUUCGCUUUACUCCUAUCUCAGCGACCCAGUAGCAUGUUUCUGGAAAAUUCUUCUGGGCCUCCUGUUAUUCUCA